CCGGGCUGCUGGGGAGGGGGACGGGGCGGCCUCUCUCUCCUCCCUCCUUCCAACCACUUGUUUAGCCGCAGAAGCGGCAGUGCCCAGCGCAGAGCUAGAAAGGAGGUUGUCGACCUACGAAGAUCUCCUCCCGGGAAGGAACGGAGGCGUUGGGGCCCCAGGCAUAUCCGGAGAGGUAGACAUCGCGAGCCCCGAGUUCUGGAUCCUGGGGUGAGGAGCCUUGGACGCUGCUGCCUUACAGGUGUGUGUCACCUCCAGAGCUGACAGCCUCGCCUCAAUCGCGAGCGGGUCCCCAGGAAAUCCACGCCCUCGGAAUGUUCAGAGCCAGUCUCUGAACCUUUAGGUUCCGCCCCCUAGGCUCGCUCACCGCGCUCUAGACCACGCCCCCACACAUCAAACCACGCCCCGGAGCCACGACCACGCCCACACCACAGGAAUCCGAAGCGGCCAUGGGGACACCCAGCACCCUAGAGGAGGGCUCCUCGUCGUCGCAGGUUUCGGAAUGCGCCGUCGAAGUCCAGCCUCAAGGGACCGUGCAGCCUCAGGGGCACCCCGAGGAUCCCCAAGAGCACAAGGAGCCCGAGGUCCCAGCGGAGCUCCCAAGCUGCCAGGGAGCUGGGCGGCAGGCCGAGGAAGAGGAAGAAGUGGAAGAAGGUAGCAGCACCGAGAGCUGCCGCGAAGAGCCGGAGGCUACGCCUGCCACGCAGAUUCCAGCCACACCUUCCCCAUGCCUCCCUUCUGGGGAAGAGCUGCGGGGGGCGGCGCGGAGGCUUCGAGGACAGCAGCUGGAGGCACUGACUCGCGUGGCUCUGAUGGAGCAGCGGGUGAAGGAGUUACAGCGCCAGAAGAAGGAAUUGAGGAUCGAGAUGGAGGUGGAGGUGGCCCUGCUCCGAGGUGAGCUGGCAGGGGAACGAGUGGCCGCUCGCCGGGAGGAGGAGCAGCUGCGGGAGCUGCUGGGCCAGCGGGUGGAGACCCAGCAAAGCAGCCAAGAACAGCAGGAGCAGGAGCAGAGGCAGCUGAGCCAGGAGCGGGAUCAUGUGGAGAGUCUUCGCCAGAGACUUAGGGAGGCCCAAGGACAGCUGGAUUCACAGCCGGAGGACCAGAGAGAGCGGCUCUCACAAGGGGUACAAGAGAUCAGAGAGCAGCUGGAUGCAGCCCAACGUACCUAUGAGGAUCUGGAGUUCCAGCAGCUGGAGCACGAGAGCCGCGUGGAGGAGGAACGGGAAAGCCCUGACGUCCCAGCUCCGAACUCCAAGGUUCGGGAACUUCAGGCCAGUGUGGCCCAGCACAGGCGCCGCAUCCAGGUCUUGGAGGAACAGCUCAGGUCUCUGGGGGAGCAGAUGGCUGCCGAGAGCUGGGGGCUGAGCAGGAAGAAGGAGGAGGCUGUUCAGGCUCUUACACAGGAACGGAGCCGGCUGUUCGAGCUCAAUUGCCUGCAGGGAACUUGUGGUGGGGACUUCUCUGAGCCCGACCAAGCACUCACCAAGCUGCUGUUCACACAGAAGACCGACCGUCAGCUGCUGGUGCUGCAGGACCCCACUGCUCAUGCUGCCGCCAGCUCCACCUCUUCCUGCCUCUUCUCCGUGCACAGCUCCCUGCAGGGGUCGAUUGGCCUCCAGAGGACUGGAAGCCUGCCCCGGAGGAGGGGAGACAGGGCCAGCCAGAGGGGAUCCUCCCGACCUUUGUCUCUCCACUGUACAGGUGAGGACCCUUCUGUUCCCCUCCUGCCCCCACCCUCAGCCAUCCUGGGCAGAGGAUGGAAAAAUUGCUUGGGUGUAACCAUCAUAUCUCUACUUUGUUCACCUAGACACUCAGUGCUUCACCCAGACAUUGCACACAUGGAGCGACUCCUGAAGCAGGCUGUGGCUGAGAGGGAACGGCUGCUCAAGGCUAGGGAAGGGAUGAGAAGCCGAGAAAGUUCCAGCCCUACAGUUCCGGCCAUUAUGGCCCCGCCCCCGCCCCCACCCCCACCACGCCCUCCAAGUCCCCAGGUCCUGGACCUCCCACAGCACCUGGAACGCUGGGGCCACAAUCCGGAAAGCUGCCCCCACUUGCGGGUGUCCGGGGGCUGCUGUCGUGGGCCCCUGGUGAAGAUGGGCGGCCGCAUCAAAACAUGGAGGAAACGCUGGUUUUGCUUUGACCAGCAGGCGCGCCGUCUGGCUUACUAUGCAGACAAGGAAGAGACCAAGCUCAAAGGUGUCAUCUACUUCCAGGCCAUUGAGGAAGUGUACUAUGACCACUUACGCUGUGCCUUCAAGAGCCCCAGCCCUCGCCUGACCUUCUGUGUCAAGACCUACGAACGCCUUUUCUACAUGGUGGCGCCCAGCCCGGAAGCCAUGCGGAUUUGGAUGGACGUCAUCGUGACAGCUGCGGACGAAAACCACGCCCCCUGACCCCCUGAGCGGCCCCGCCCUCUGAGAAGGGCGGUCCCCGCGAGCUGCGUCCCUAGACGCACCUUCCGGCCUCCGAGGCCCCGCCCACUGCAGGCCGCUCUCGGCCCCGCCCCUUCGCCCUUCUGGGAUCUCUGCAGCCGCUCCAGCUCAGCUGGCCUGAGCCACGGGGGUCUGGGCUGCCGGCGACAGCAUCGCCAGGCCCUGGAGGCCCCGCUUGGGGGCAGGAGGAAGAUGACAGGGGCGGAAGGAACUAUUUAUUGGUGCUCCUCUGAUACUGAAUUAAACACGGUGAAAAAAAACAGG